CGCGAACUUUUCGCGAAAUAGUUGUCAGUGCGAAGGCCCAGCGACUGGCCGUGAAAACGCAUAGCUCAAAAAAGAGUAGAAAAUAAAGUGAAAACUCGUGAAGUUCGCGCUUCAAAAUUAUGGAUAUCCUUUCGGCUCUAUUGGGAUUAUUUUCAAUUGGAUUUGUGGCAACAGCCAGCCUGAAUAUGGAUUUAAGCCAACAACAGCUGCAGUUGGUUGGCAAUGGUUCAUAUAGCUCCGUUGAUGCCAGCCCCAACUUUAACGUCACGCUCAAUCUGACCGACAGCAACUGCCCCUCACUGUUGAACGCGGAUUCCUUAAGCCAAACGGAGCUGGUCAGCCGCCUCACAAGCAACUGUCGAUAUGAUCGCCUGGAGCCGCCCAUAACGGUCAAUGCUACCGGCGAGAUUGUGCCCCUUUCUGUGAACGCGCGCUUUUAUAUCUAUGCGCUGAAGGAUCUGGACUCAAACGACUUGCAGUUCAUGCUGCAGGGAUUGCUGCAGCUGCGCUACAACGACUCCCGCUUGGCCUUUUCCAACUAUGCGCCAAACCGCGAGCAGCCAAUUGUGGGUGAUGGCAGGCUGAGAAGUAUGCUUUGGGUACCCCAUGUCUUUCUGGCAAAUGAACAGAGCUCCAAUGUGCUGGGCACCAACGAAAAGGAUCAGCUGACCACUAUUUAUCCAGAUGGCACGGUACUCCUCUCGACGCGCAUACAGGCUACGUUGUACUGCUGGAUGAACUUCCAAAAGUUUCCGUUUGACGAUCAGAAAUGCACCACAAUACUGGAGAGCUGGAUGUACAACACUUCGAUGCUGCAGCUGCACUGGGAGCCCACAAAUCCAGUAAGCUUUCACUCUCAGCUCCAGCUGACGGAAUACGAUCUGUACGGUUGGGUGACCAAUGAGUCCAUCACCAUCUCAGACGCCUAUACCAUGUCACAUGGCGCCCUGAUAGGUAACUACAGUGCGCUGAGCUUCAGUGUGCUGCUCAGCCGUGAGGUUGGCUACUAUGUUAUAGACUAUUUUGUGCCCUCCAUGAUGAUAGUGGCCAUCUCGUGGGUAUCCUUCUGGCUGCAGGCAGAUCAGACUCCGGCACGCUCCAUGCUCGGCUGCUCAACUUUGCUCUCGUUUAUCACGCUCUCGCUGUCGCAGGAGAACAGCCUGUCGAAGGUCAGCUAUGUAACCAUGUCGGAGGUUUGGUUCCUUGUCUGCACCGUCUUCAUCUUUGGCAGCCUCAUGGAGUUCGCUUUCGUGAACACCAUUUGGCGACGCAACAAUAAUCUGGAGCUAAAGAAGCGCACCACGAAAUACAUUGUACGCUCCACCUUUGUGCCCAAGCUGAAACGCAAUCCGCGCAGCUUCAAUCGCAGCACAAGCACAAUGAGCAGCUGCAACAAGGUAUGUGGAAGCAAUCCAAAGAACACAGUCAUCACCAUCGAGACGCCCAUCAUCAUAGGCGAUGGCCUGAGCAGAGAGAACUCAGCAAUAAGCUUGGAGGAGACUGAUACCAGCAUAAGUUCCGGCUCCACAGCAACGCUGACUGAGACGCCGACCGAGAAGCCGGCGCAAACAUUUGCGACAAUGACGCCCAAGGAGGUGUCGCUGUGGAUCGAUCGCAAGAUGCGCUUCGUCUUUCCCCUCGCAUUCCUCAUAUUCAAUGCGCUCUUCUGGACGCUGGUCUACUGCCUCUGACCGGUUACCAUAGGGAACACAAUGCUCAAAGUCCAAAUACGCCAACUCAGGAGCAGGCGGAACUGUGCUGUGAUGAUGCCACAAAUCGUGUUGAAAUUUAACAGUUUUGUCUAUAGCGUUUAAGUAGUCUAGUCUAUAAUACCUAAAGUUGAUGUGUCAUAUAGUCGUUUAGUG